AUGGACAAUUGGAGGAGAAUUGACAUUGAUGCUUUUGACCCUGAGAGCGGGAGGCUUUCCGCUCAGGAUCUGAUACCACCUAAUGAGACUGUUGUGACAUUACAGGAGCUACAACCUAAGAUCUCCCAGCUGCGUUCGCUGGCUUCGAGCGGAUCCAUGGAUUCUGCCGUAAAAUUAGCCACGAGCGAUCCUCCAUAUGGUGCAGAUAACUCUACAAAGGCGACUUAUUUCCAAGCAGUUUUGGAAGCUCUCACACAGGUCAGACAGUCCGAUAUCGCCAAUAUCAUUCAGCAACUUUCUUCUGAGCAACAGGAUGUGCUAGUCAAGUACCUUUACAAGGGAAUGUCAGUCCCAGAGGGUCAGAAACAGGGUGGUAUUCUGUUAGCAUGGUUUGAAAAACUGACUCAAAAAGCCGGUGUGAACCCAAUUGUUCGUUAUCUCUCCGAUAGAAGGACUAUAUAG